AUGGCCCAAGAUCGCCCCGGCGAGGAGAAGCCAGAAGGCUUCUCCAAGUAUCUCAAACGCAUGAAAACCGUCCUUCGUCCUCGUUCAGUAUCUAAGCGUCAAUCGCAUGCCGCUCCAGAGACUGUUACUGCUGCCCCAACAGAGCCAGCGCCAGCGCCAGCACCAGCACCAGUGCAAUCAACUACACCAGCCCAUGGAGUUAUUGAACCAGAGCCUGUAGUAAUGUCCGAGACUAUCACCACUACACAGCAUGCGAAGACCAGCGCCCUCUUCGCCAAAUAUGGCCUUUCUCUCGACCCAGGUGCAUGGAAAACCCCACCCGACCUCCAACAACUCAACCGAGUGACCAAGCCAAUCCGCAUGAGGGUUCGCCGUGCCUGCCAUCGCUGCGAAACAACCUUCGGUGCCGAGAAAGUGUGCAUCAACUGCUCGCACACACGCUGCACCAAAUGUCCUCGCUUCCCACCCGCUCAUGCUGAAGGCGAACCGCACAUCCACAGGCCCAAGAUCCAGGAGUUAAGCGCUAACCAUCCCCGAGGGAUCCCCGCCACACCGCACAUCAAGUACAGCGGCGAUGCAACCAACCCUCUGUUGAAACUCUCGCGUACGGGUGGUCAGGACUUGGUCCGAAAACAAGUGCGCCAGCGUGUCCAUCGCAGUUGCCAUGUAUGCACUGCGCAGUUUACAUCUGGGUCGAAACACUGCGAGGUCUGCAGCCAUGCCCGCUGCAAGAAGUGUCCCAGGGACCCUGCCAAACUGGACAAAUACCCCGAUGGCUAUCCGGGUGAUGCGGACCCGCCCAAGGCUUUACCCGACCGCGCUUUCAAGAGGCCUCGUCAGCGGAUCCAUUAUUUGUGCCAUAUCUGCACUACUUCCUAUCUACAAGACAGUGACACUUGCGCGGGUUGUGGCCAGGUGAAAUGUGCUGAGACCAUAAGGAUCCCACCCAAGAAAGUCAAACGAGAACCAGACCCUGAACUUGUCCGGAGUGUUGAAGAAAAGCUAGCAGCCAUGGCGAUCUCACCAAAACAAACUGCCGCGGAGGGUUGA